UUCAUACCAGCAGUUUGCAGCCUGCGAAAUCCCCGAGGAACAUCUGACUACUACUAUUUUCUUUUCACAAGAAGCAACAGACUACUGUGUGUCAGGGUAACCACGUAAAAACGGAUACACUUUCGCACAAUGAGGAGGAUAAUGUGUUGUGUUUUGUGCCUACUGCUGCUGUCCACGUGGGUCCAUGCUCAGUAUCAGAGGAGGCCCAUCUUUACGUGCGGAGGAAACUUUUCUGCGGAAUCUGGGUUCAUCGGUAGCGAAGGAUACCCGGGAGUGUAUCCCCCAAAUACGAAAUGUGUGUGGAAAAUUACGGUCCCAGAGGGAAAGGUCGUCUCCCUGUCCUUCCAGUUUAUCGACCUGGAGAGUGACAACCUGUGCAGGUACGACUAUGUGGACGUGUACAGCGGGCAGGUCAGCGGGCAGCGGCUCGGCCGCUUCUGCGGAACCUUCCGGCCUGGCGCCCUGGUCUCCAGUGGCAACAAGAUGCUGGUGCAGAUGGUGUCCGACGCCAACACGGCAGGGAGCGGCUUCCUGGCCGCGUUUUCCGCCGUGCUGCCCAACGAACAAGGGGAAAGGUACUGUGGGGGACGUCUGGACAAACCCUCAGGCUCCUUCAAGACCCCUAACUGGCCUGAGAAAGACUAUCCUGCGGGGGUCACCUGCUCCUGGCACAUUGUGGCACCUAGAAACCAGAUCAUUGAGGUAAAGUUUGAGAAAUUUGACUUGGAGAGAGAUAAUUACUGCCGCUAUGACCAUGUGCUGAUUUUCAAUGGGCGAGAGAUUGACGACGCCAGAAGAAUCGGAAGGUUCUGUGGAGACAGCCCCCCAGCCCCAAUCCUCUCUGACGGGAACCAGCUCCUGAUUCAGUUCCUCUCUGACCUGAGUCUGACUGCAGACGGAUUCAUUGGUCACUACAAGUUCAGGCCAAAGAGAUUCAGAACCACGGUCGCACCCCUGACUAUUUCUGCUCCAGUGGUCACAACCAGAGCCACAGUACUUAAUUAUUCAGCAGCUCUGUGCCAGCAAAAAUGCAAGCGGAGCGGCACUCUUGAGAGCCACUACUGCAUAAGUAACUUUGUGAUAACGGGUACAGUCAUCACAGCUGUGGCCAAAGGAGGGAGCGCAUAUAUCACUGUCUCCAUCAUCAACAUGUACAAGGAAGGAGAGCUUACCGUCCAGCAAGCAGGCAAGAACAUGAGCACCAAGAUUGUUAUCCUGUGCAAAAAGUGUCCUUUCAUCAGAAGAGGUUUGAAUUACAUUAUCAUGGGCCUAACGGACGAGGACGGACGGGGCAUCGUGGGUCCUCAGAACUUUAUGUUGGCCUUCAAGGCUAAGAACCAGAGGAUCCUCACUGCCUUGAAGAAUCAGCGCUGCUGAGCAUAUGAGUGCCAAAUAACAGAUCCUGGAUCAGCCCAGGCAACCCCAGGCACAAUGUGUUAAAAAGUGGAAGCUGGCCCAUGGCUGGUGCUUUGGGGGAAAGGGACCUGUAUCCUUCCUCAUGAAACCACAUAAUUUGCCACAAAGACUCUGCUCUUAUGAAGCUGAAAUUCAUAGCUGAAAUAUGAUGCCAGAAUCAAAAAUGUGAGAAAUACAUGAAAUUGUGCAUAGUCUAUAUAUGUAAUUGUAUUUGUACAGAAAUACAAUUAUACAUAUAAUUUUCUCCCAUCACUGUGAACCUACAGUGCAUUCCAAUAAACAGAAUGCACUGAAAUAUGCAUGAGGAUUAGGGAGAAGACGCCGUGUCAGGAUUUAUUAUAUUAUGGAUUUAUUCUAGUAUGCAAAACAUUUGAAAUUCUGUUGUAUUUCUUUGCCCAAAAUAUUUGUAAUCUUAUAAAGUAUGUUCUGCAUAGUAGAAUAAGUCCUUAAUAAGAACUGAAGCGCAACAAAAAAUCAAAUUCUUAUAAGAGAGCUAUAUACUCUGUUAGAGGCAUACAAAAUGGGGCAUUGUUGUACAGUAUUUUCAUUAUACAAUUUGCAAUAAUAAAAAAAAGUUCAUAUA